AUGGAAACAGGCAUACUGUUAAAUGCAGCUGGUGACCGCUCAUCUGUCAAGUUUCCAAAAGACGGGCCUCCUAAUACUUCCGGUGUGACACCGGAGACAGAACCAGGUAAGGAAGAGGUUAUUAUAGUUGCCAUCGGCGUUGCCACAAUGGUUGAAGUAGCCGUGACCAAACAGCCGGUUGUUGUGAUAUUGGCAGACGUGGUAGUUCCACUGCCGGUUCCAGAUGGCGAAGGUGAAGGCCCACCAUCAGUGCUGUUUGCCAGCUUAAUGCGCAAUGGAGGUACGCGUUGA